GUAAACUCAAACCACACAAACUCUCAAUUAAUAUAUAUUUAUAGCAAAGUAAUUAUUUUCCAUGGCUGAUACCCCAAAGGAAGAAGGAAUUGUGAAAACAGUUUCAGACGCACCCCCCAGUCACUACGUGGUCAAGAUUCAAUCGGUGUCAUUGCUCAGGAACAACAUAGACCAAUACAUUUCAGAUGCUUUUGAUGUCGGAGGCUACAAAUGGAAGUUGGUUAUCCACCCAAAUGGAAACAAAAACAAGAAGGUUAAUGAUCACAUCUCUCUGUACCUAAAACUGGCGGACACAAGCAACCUCCACCCCGGGUGGGAAGUCCACGCCGUCAUUCGCCUCUUUUUGUACGAUCAGAAGAAAGACAACUACUAUGUCGUACAAGAUGCAGAGGAAAAAACGAGGCGAUUUCGAGCAAUGAAGGAGGAGUGGGGAUACGACAGGUUCAUUGUUCUGACGGAGUUUAACAACGUUUCCAAUGGAUAUGUUGUGGAUGAUGUUUGUGUGUUUGGAGUUGAGGUUUCUGUGCGCAAAGAAAUAAAAUUCCCAGGGAGAGAUUGUCUCACACUGAUUCAAGAUCCUGUUGAAGACAAACUCUCCUGGGAAAUUAAGGAUUUAAACUUUAGGAAGGACUGCUACGAAUCCAACGCAUUGCAAUAUUGGAAAAUACAGAUAUAUCCAAAGGGGUAUGAGGGCGGAAAAGGCACCCAUGUCUCCGUAUAUUUGGCUUUGGCUGAGGCUAAACCCUCAACUCAGAUAUAUGCAGAGUUCAUAGUGCGCAUGAUUGAUCAAUCUAAUUCCAAUCACAUUUCAUCGUCCAAACCAGAAAAGUGUUGGUUCAAUGCAACAAAUGCAGCUUUUGGUUGGCCAAAGUUUAUAAGCAUCGAGGAGUUCCGCAAACCAGAAUAUGGCUAUUUGGUGAACGGAAGCUGCAGAGUAGAAGCUGAGAUUAAAGUGCUUGGGAUGGCUGAACCUGAUGCUAUGAUCUCCAAUAAUUCAGCCCAUGACUGCAAAGAGAUCAUUUUAACAUGAAACUCCAGAUUUUCUAUGGUGUUGAUCGUCUCUGGUGCUCAUAGUAUCGGUAUAAUUAUGUAUAUCAUAUUUAAUUGUAUCGAGUAUUAUUAGUAUCAGUGUCAAUACCAUAUUUGGUAGCACCAUAAAAAAUCACGAGAAAAUUACAUUAUGCAUUUAUCUUGUAAACAAAAAUAAAUUACUCUGUCCAGUUGCAUUUGGUAAGCAGCCAAAAUUUCCCAAGAAUAAGCAUAUAUGCAAAUUUGUAUAUAUGGAAAUAAAGUUUUCCUAAUUUAAUACAUAUCAAUAAGUUGAUUUCUUGUUUUUUUU